AUGAUCACCCCUAAAACGUCAGUCUGUUUCCGAGGCCUGUCGCGCCAAUUAUUAUCGGCUCGCUUCAUCAGCACAGCACAAGCUCAGCAAUGCAAGCGGCCAAGAUACGCCAACUUAGAAAUAACUGAAUAUUUCAAUCGAAUUCACCUUUCUCCUACACAGCGAAUCUUCUCCGUCAGCAAACUUACAUCUGUUCAACAGCUAGCCUACCUUACCCUUCUCAAGAAGCACCAUCUUGUCAGCGUGCCUUAUGAGAAUCUUCAGGCUCAUUACUCCUGGCACAAAGGGCUCGGUGUUUCGCCGACGCGUCUCUAUGAGAAGAUUGUCCGCCACCGCCGCGGUGGUUGGUGCUUUGAAACGAACCAAUUGCUUAAUACGGUCCUCCUGUCGCUGGGAUUCGACGUUAUUUUGGCAGGUUCGCGAGUCUUUGAGCCCUGCAACGGCAGAUUCGGCGGACUUGUGCAUUGUGUCAAUAUUGUCAAGAUCGGUGGCGUACACUAUUUGCUCGAUGUGGGCUUUGGUGGAUACGGUCCACCCCAGCCUGUACCAUUGCUCGAGGGAACGGGAGGCAUUGAACCGAACGGUCUACAGCACAUAGGACCUCAAGCGGAGAUGCGAGUAGUGAAACAGGCGAUUGCACAGCAGGUCGAUCAAACUAGGCGGCUAUGGGUAUAUCAGUUCCGACGUGGCCCUGGUGAGGAGUGGCAGCCAAUGUGCUGUUUCAACUCGGACUUUGAGUUCCUGCCCGAGGAUAUCGAGAUCCUAAACACGCAUGGCAUGAGCCGCACAUGUUUCGCAUCACGUGAAUUGUUGCUUCAGCGAUUCACAACAUCAAAUGAGCCCCUAACUGCACCUGGGAGAACGAAUAUGAAAGAUGUCAUGGAUGGCGAGCUGGACGGCUCUAUUGUGCUAUAUCAGAAUAGGUUGAAAUGGCGGAGGGAAGGGAAUUUGAAACUGAGCCUUGAGUUCCGCACCGAAGCGGAACGUGUUGAGGCUAUUCGGUUAUAUUUUGGAAUUGUCCUUGACAAAGAGGAGUUGGAGGGAAUUAAGGGCAAUGCAAUCUGUUUCCGAGGCCUGUCGCGCCAAUUAUUAUCGGCUCGCUUCAUCAGCACAGCACAAGCUCAGCAAUGCAAGCGGCCAAGAUACGCCAACUUCGAAAUAACUGAAUAUUUCAAUCGAAUUCACCUUUCUCCUACACAGCGAAUCUUCUCCGUCAGCAAACUUACAUCUGUUCAACAGCUAGCCUACCUUACCCUUCUCAAGAAGCACCAUCUUGUCAGCGUGCCUUAUGAGAAUCUUCAGGCUCAUUACUCCUGGCACAAAGGGCUCGGUGUUUCGCCGACGCGUCUCUAUGAGAAGAUUGUCCGCCACCGCCGCGGUGGUUGGUGCUUUGAAACGAACCAAUUGCUCAAUACGGUCCUCCUGUCGCUGGGAUUCGACGUUAUAUUGGCAGGUUCGCGAGUCUUUGAGCCCUGCAACGGCAGAUUCGGCGGACUUGUGCAUUGUGUUAAUAUUGUUAAGAUCGGUGGCGUACACUAUUUGCUCGAUGUGGGCUUUGGUGGAUACGGUCCACCCAAGCCUGUACCAUUGCUCGAGGGAACGGGAGGCAUUGAACCGAACGGUCUACAGCACAUAGGACCUCAAGCGGAGAUGCGAGUAGUGAAACAGGCGAUUGCACAGCAGGUCGAUCAGACUAGGCGGCUAUGGGUAUAUCAGUUCCGACAUGGCCCUGGUGAGGAGUGGCAGCCAAUGUGCUGUUUCAACUCGGACUUUGAGUUCCUGCCCGAGGAUAUCGAGAUCCUAAACACGCAUGGCAUGAGCCGCACAUGUUUCGCAUCACGUGAAUUGUUGCUUCAGCGAUUCACAACAUCAAAUGAGCCCCUAACUGCACCUGGGAGAACGAAUAUGAAAGAUGUCAUGGAUGGCGAGCUGGACGGCUCUAUUGUGCUAUAUCAGAAUAGGUUGAAAUGGCGGAGGGAAGGGGAUUUGAAACUGAGCCUUGAGUUCCGCACCGAAGCGGAACGUGUUGAGGCUAUUCGGUUAUAUUUUGGAAUUGUCCUUGACAAAGAGGAGUCGGAGGGAAUUAAGGGCACUGCAAGUGAGAUUAGGGGUUCUUGGUUUGGAACAGCUUUUGACGAUGAGACGAUUUAA